AUGGCCUCCGUCGACCUCUUCACCGAAUACCCUCUCCACCUGGACCCAACCAGCAAAUCCAUCUCCCUCAACACCACCAACACCACCACGCUCCCCACUUCCCCCGCCACAAUAACCACCGAACUCACACACCUCAACUCCCUGCACCGCUCGCUCAUCUCCCUCGACCCGCCUAACAUCCCCCCUCCCCCGCUUCCCAUCAACCCCAAGCGCAGCGCUCAAAUCACCAAGCUCCGCGAUAGCGCCAAUACUGCAUACCGCAAGUCGAACCACGCCGAGGCGGUUCGUCUUUACACAUACGCUAUCGAUAUGGCGCUGGGCCGGCCCGGCUGGGAACCUGUUACGCUGGCGAGGGACGAGUUGGCGGGGUUGUAUGCGAAUCGGGCGCAGGCAUGGAUGAGCCAGCGCGCGUGGCCGGAGGGGUUGGUCGAUGCGAGAUGUAGUGUUGAGAGUAAGCCUGUGGCGAAUGUGAAGGCUUGGUGGAGGGGUGGGAGGUGUUUGGUGGAGAUGGGGAGGUGGGAGGAGGCGAAGGGGAUGGUCGAGAAGGGGUUGGAGAUUGAGGGGAGGGUUAGUGAGGGUGGGAAGGAACUUUUGGGGUUGUUGAGUGAGGUGGAGGAGGGUUUGAAGAGGAGUGGUAGUGCUUGA